AUGUAUAGGCAGAUAGGCCGUGCAUAUGUACAUUAUUUCAUGACAACAGCGCUACGAGGUAGUUUUCGGAACCAGCCUUUUGAGGUUAUAAUUUUGUUUACAAUCUUCCUCACUCAGUCUUAGUUUCCGAAGUCGUUCCUGUUUUAUCAUGUUACGCGAAAUAAUCUGUAAAUUGUGUUAUGUUCUAUCCCUCUCAAGUCUUCCAUCCCUAAAACUUUAAUUUCUCGGAGAUUACUUAAUCCUUUCACAAAUGAGCAACGAAUGAAAUAAUCACAGCCGUCCGCGGCCGUACCAGCCUUGAUUGCCUUGAUCUGCCUGAAACUGAAAGGUGCACAUCCAACUGAUCUGUCAUUGCCGGCUGCUGCUAGAUAGGAUACGCAAAAAUAAUCUCCGUGUCAUUUCUUCAACUGUAAAUCCUCGCUUUCUUAAAUAGUCUCAAGUAGCAUGGCAGAUGAGAGUACGGAGUCUUUUGGAAAUGCAGUGGCCUCUCAUUACAAUAGUAUUGAAGAUGUAGGAGGUCGUGAGAGACAGAAAAGUCGAAUAGUACACUUGAGGAAUUUCAACAACUGGAUUAAAGGAAUGCUGAUUGACCAUUACUUGAAAAAAGUAAGUGAAAAAAAGAAGCAUAGAGAGCCCCUUAAGGUGCUGGACUUAGCAUGUGGUAAAGGUGGUGACUUGUUAAAGUGGAACCAGCUGCAAGUAACGCACGUAGUUGGUGUGGACAUUGCAGAAGGCUCAAUUGAAGAUUGUAAGAACCGAUACAAUUUUUUGUGCAACAGGAAUUCCAAAGAACGGAAAGACCAUAUUUUCAAGGGACAUUUUUUUGCAGCUGAUUGCACAAAGACUCGACUCCGAUCAAAAUAUGAUGAUCCAACCACUAAAUUUAGUAUUGUCAGCUGUCAGUUUGCGUUUCACUACUGCUUUGAAAGUCUUCCACAAGCAGAGCAAAUGCUUCAGAAUGUUUCUGAGUGUUUAGAACCAGGCGGCUAUUUUAUAGGAACUUUACCAGAUGCUAACACCAUUGUAAGUAGACACAGGCAAGCUGGUAACAAGAAAUUUGGUAAUGAAAUUUAUCACAUAGAAGUUGAAGAUUCAAGCUUUAGUUUAUUUGGCGCUAAGUAUGAUUUUCACCUGAAGGGAGUCGUUAACUGCCCUGAAUUUUUAGUUUAUUUCCCUGUUUUUUUAAGGUUAGCGGAAAAAUAUGAUUUAGUAUUGAUAGAGAAGAAAAGCUUCCCUGAUUAUUUCAAUGAAAUGAAAGAUACUGAUAGAGGUAAAAUGCUGUUGCAAAAGAUGUCAGCCUUAGAGAGUUACCCUCCAUACCGGGAAAAAGAAUUGGUUGGAGAAGAGUCUGAUUAUGAACAUGUAGCAAAAUUCAAGAGUUUAUCCAGUGAAGAUAAAGAAGAAAGCCCUAUGAAAAGGAUAGGCACUCUCACAGCCAGUGAAUGGGAAGUAGCAGGUUUGUACCUAGUAUUCGCUUUUCAAAAAAGGAAGCCAUCCUGAGAGACCUGCAGAGGAGAUACAUAUGCUUUCCUAGAUAAGAAACAAUUUUUAGGUGAUCAGAUCGGGCAGUAAGAGUGGCAACAGAGACAAGGGAAAAUGAAUCCCCCAAGUGUUCCUGGGGUUCAGUUCCAGAACUUUCAUGCUCAAAUCAAACUUUCAUGCUGGAGUACACCUAAACCAUCAGUAUAAUCGGUUUUUUCUUGCAUUAAUGGUUGAAGAGAAAAUCUAUAGACCUUACUUCCUGGAUGACCCUUGUAGAUCCAUUGUCUUCAAUGACAUCCCAUUGUUUAUAACAUGGUCAGUGGUUUUUUUACAUGAAUUUUAAAUUUUUUAUUGAAGCUUUGUAAGAUAAAAUAAAAUAAAGAUCCUGGAAUACUAUGGAAUAAAAUGUAUAUUUUUAAUCAAAUCAGCUGGUUGGCAGCUAUCUUGAAUUCUAUGUAAAAAUUGGUCAAGUUAUUUUUUGCAAGGCUGGACACUGAUUCAAUCUCUGCUUUGCUGUUGAGUUUUUUUAAUAUACUAAUCUGAAACAAAACAACAA